AUGUCCUACCGUAUUCAAGUUUUUUUGUGUACGUGUUUUUGUGUGCAAACUGUGAUCGGACAAUUCGGGUUUUUUCAAAAUGACCAGACUGGAGCGUAUGGAUUUAGCCAAAACUUUCCAAGCCCGAGGCGGAUUCAGCAAAAGUUAAGUUCCUUGUUACAUCUGCAGGCGGAGACUCCAAACAGUGAUCCAGCAUUUAUUUUACCCUUCAAUAAUAAGAGACCCGUCGUCACAGAUCCUUAUAAGAACAGUGACAGUAAUUAUUAUCCCCUUAAUGACCUUCAAUUUCCUAAUGAAGGACAAUAUCAAAAUUAUAAUAGGCCACAGAUUCCAAAUUUUAACCAAUUUGAGUCGGGCCACCUAUAUCCAAAUGAACCUAAACAUACAAGUGGUUUGACAUUUGAAGAUUUCAUAAGGGGUAAUAAACCAUCGUUCGGAGACCGCAUAUCUACGGAACACAAGUCUGGCGGCGAAGAAACCGGUAAUACAAGAAAUCCUAUAACAGACCAAAAUAUUAAUGAAAAAUAUGAACCAAGCACUAAAAGACCUGGAUUUGAUAUCACUACAAAUGUUCCCAAUAUUUUUGAAGAAGUUUUUAAGCCAGGUUAUUCAAACCACAGCGAAGGAUUGAUUGCAGGAACCGUGUCAGACGCACCAGUGUUUGAAAAUAAACUUAUAACGGGUUUCGUAGCUCCAGACCCGACUGUAGAUCCUUCUGGUCCUCUUAUUUUUGGGACAAGUUCGGAACCUGGAUUAACUUUAACCACUAUCUCUUUCGGAGAUAGACGUGGUGAAGAAGAGAAAACUACUUUUCCAACUUUAACGCCGAUACCUCCGUCAGCUUCAAGGCAGAAUAUGAACUUUGGACCGGCUGGACUAUUCAAAGACACGUGUAAGACCGUAGACGGCGGCGACGGCACCUGUGUCAGAAUUCAAGGCUGCGAACAGUAUUACCAAUUGUUGCGGAACCCGAGAGACAAAGCGGUCAUCGAUAUUUUGCGAAAAUCUCAGUGUGGCUUCGAAGGACAGGACCCUAAGGUGUGUUGUCCAUUGCCCGGAUUCCCAGAAGAACCUCCGUCGCCUCAGAGCGAAACCACUCCUAAUCCACAGGGCAAAUCGGUGACGGAAAGUGACUCAACCGGUUUGACACCUGUGCCGUCUCUUCCCGAGCCGCCCGUCUGCGGUGUCAGCGAAGCUUCUUUCAGCAGAGUAGUCAAUGGGAUCCCGGCUAAGCUCGGUGACUUUCCGUGGAUGGCGUUGCUAGGAUACCACGGCACUAGAGACAGUUCCACUCGUUGGCUGUGCGGGGGGUCCUUGGUGAGCCCUCACCACGUGCUGACCGCCGCUCACUGCAUCUACAACCGCGAAGACAGCUUGUAUGUGGUGAGACUCGGCGAACUGGACUUGGCCGAUACGAACGAUGGGGCCAGUCCCGUAGACGUCCUGAUCAAGUCCAAGAUAAUGCACGAAGGCUAUGACUCCAUGGCUUUCACUAACGACAUUGGCCUUUUAGUUCUCGAAAGGGACGUCGAAUUCACGAAGCUAAUAAAACCGAUCUGCAUCCCACAAGAUGCCAAGUUAAGAUCGCAAACCUUCGAAAAGUAUAAUCCGCUCAUCGCCGGCUGGGGGGACGUCGCUUAUCGUGGACCUUCCGCGUCUCACUUGCAAGUGGCCCAGUUGCCCGUCGUGAGCAACGCCAAUUGCAAAGAGACGUACAGCCCGUACAAGAAGCAGGUGAUAGACGAGAGGGUGCUCUGCGCCGGCUGGAAGGAUGGGAGGCAGGACGCCUGCCAGGGGGACAGCGGCGGGCCGCUGAUGCAACCUAUUUGGAACUCGCAAACGUACAAGACGUUCUUCUUCCAAAUCGGCGUCGUAUCGUUCGGCAAGAAGUGUGCAGAGCCUGGGUUUCCCGGUGUCUAUACGAGGGUCACGCAUUUCGUUCCCUGGCUGGAAGAGAAGAUUCUGAGCACAUAA